GUGGCGGCGGCGGCACAAGGGGCGAGACAGGGGCGAGAAAGGAGGGUGGAAAAGGCGCAUGCCAGUUGUGCCGUCGCCGCGUUACGAAUCGGCCAACAGCCUGCUACCACCCGGCUUCUCCCGGUAUCCUCUCUCUCUCUUUCUAUCUCUCUAUUUCUCUUUCUCUCUCUCUCUCCUCUAUCCAGUCUAUCGGAUCACAGCCGUGUCUCAGUGUUCCUCGCGAGUUACCACCGCACAGUGCCUCCCGCGAGUCGUCGUCCGAUCAACCGCGUUGUCUCUCCACCUCGUUACGUUGUUUCAACAGCAAAGUUUGUCGCUCGUCCAAAACUGCGUCGUCCACCAAAUCGGAUCGAUUGUUUUUUUCCUUUGACAUAAUUAAAGCAGCGGCCUCCAGAAACGUUUCUCGCGAUACGUUUCUCCCGUUCGAUAAUAUUACGUUUCACGUGCCGGCGCGUGAAAAAGUGCGUCUCGUCCCACGAGCACCUCUUUUUCCAGAAAGAAUAUAGAGGGAGAGAAAGAGAGAGAGAGAGAGAGAGAGAAAGAGAAGUGCGCGAGAUCUCGAGUGUUGUGCGAAAAUGGAUUUUCAUGAAGGGAUGGAUAUUCAAGGCUGGGACAAAGACUCGCCUACCCCUUUGAAGCCGGAACCGGCGGAUUUACGUAACGGAACGGAAGUUUCUCUAGUUCUUUAGCUUCGAGAGUACGCCUACCCGAUAUCUCGUGUGCAACAAUUUGGAAGGAGGAUGGUUGUUACGUGUUGAGAUAGGGGAGGGAGAUAGGAGGUUACGGGAAGUAAAGUGUUUUUUCGGGCGGGAUCAUGGAGUCGAAGGUAAAUAGAAGGAGGGGGUUGACGAUUUUGUGAAAGUUCGUGCCGGGAAGGGAUUCCUCGGGUAAAGACGGCGAAGGGUCGCGUAUCGUAAGAGGAGGUGGCAAUUGUCUCUGCGUCUUUGGAGAAACAGGGAUAUUCGGGACAGACGUAACUUGAAGCUCAAUAGAACCAACUAGAUAUCAAUAACAGAAUUUUUUCGCGUAUGCUAUUGUGUGUAUCAUAGUGCAAAGUUCCUAGUUUCGUUGGUGAAAAUUGUUUGCAACUUGGAAUAUAAUGAGAAAAUCUCGUUGGGGGAAGAAUUUCGUAGUAGAAGACGAAUGCAACGGUGGGGGAUGGUUGUCGUGGCGCGUGGAUGAAAACGUGAUGCAAAAAGAGACGGAGAUCGAGCGACUCGAGUGAACUGAAUCGAAGCCGUUGUUCAAUGCGCCAUCAUCAUGUUCACCUGCCUCUGGAACUUCUUCGACUGGCUCGACCAGCCGGUGACCAGCUCGACGUCCGGAAUGGACAGCAAAAAGGUUGUCCAGGCGGCACCGGUCCCCGUACCUGUCCAGGUACGUAGCAAGAACGAUGGCUCGGGGGUGGUGGCAGCGUCCGUGUCGGGGGUACGGAGACGAAGCGGCUCCCAGGGUUUACGAUCGCCCGCCGCCAAGAGGCCACUCUCCGCCCCCGUGGCUCUUCAGGGAUGGCUACACAAACAGGGAUCCGAGGGGCUGAUGCUCUGGAAGAAACGGUGGUUCGUCCUCUCCGAGUACUGCCUCUUUUAUUACAAAGGUCCCGAAGAGGAGAAAUUGUUGGGUUCGAUAUUGUUGCCGUCGUACAGAGUUACCGUGUGCAAACCAGAGGACAAAGUUAACAGGAAGUUCGCGUUCAAAGCUGAACACGCGAACAUGAGGACCUAUCACUUCGCGGCCGACAGCCGUGAGAGCAUGAAUCAAUGGGUGAACGCAUUGACUUUGGCGACUCUCCUUCAGGAUCCAAGCCCCGGGGGGGGCGAGGCGGCAGUGGUGAUCGAGAUAGGAGGUCAGCAGGACGGUGAGCGAAGCGCGAGGCCGAGCGUCUCCUCGAUAUCCUCGAUCCUGAACCAGAGCGCGGACGACAGCGAUUCUGGUUUCCACGGUUUCCAAUCACGGGACGACCCCAGCCACGCGUCCAACAACAACUCCAGCCCGAACAGCGUCAACACCGCCUCCUUUCCGAACCUGAGCAACAAUGGGAACGGCAACAAUGGAAGCAGCAGCGGCAACAACAACAACGCCACCAUCACCGUCGCCGCCACCAACAACAACAUCAGCCUCGCCGGGAACAACAACAACAACAACAACUCAAACGACGUCCAACCGAUGGUGAACGGCUGGAUCCAGCAACAGCAAUCCCCUUACGGCCAACCGAGCACUUCCCAGCAGCAGCAACAGCAAUACGGCCAAUUGAUAUCGUCCGUCGUGAUGGCCAGCCAGCAGGCCCUGCAACAAACCCACCACCACCACCACCAAGCCUUGCUCCACCAAACCCACCUUCCCCACCAUCCAACCCAAAUCCUGCAACACAACAAGCAACAACAGCCUCAACAAACCCAUCUGUCCAACGUGCAAACUGUCCAACCUAUGCCGAGGAAAUUCGGCCAACCGAUUUACGCGAACGCGCCCCCCAAACCGAGGCGGAUAACCGACGGCUCGACCGAGUACUCCACCCCCUCCCCCGACCCCGACUACAGGAAAUCGCCCGUUUCGCCGGACGUCGCCACCAUGGCGGGCAGCAAGAGUCCAAUGUCCGACUACGAGAGGGGCGGCGUGAUCUACGGAGGGGGGAGUAGAUCUGUUGCUGGGCAGCAGAGUCUCAGGACCGAUAAGUCCGGUUUGAAUUACGGCUACGGCCAGGCGCAGACCGAGAGGCGCACGCCCGACACGUACGGUCGCAGCGCGGCUAAACCGAGGUCGGGGAGGGGGAACGGGGACUACGAGGAGGUUUACGGGGCGCCCCAGUUGUACCAGAGGCCCGCAGGCCCCGUCGGCUACACCAAGGGGGCCUCUCCCGCCCCCAUCCCGAUCCCCCUUUACGCGCAACAGCAUCAUCAGUACCAGCACCAGAUACACACCGCGACCACGAACGCGCCGAUAAUGAGGCAGCCGAGGGCGCAGCCGCCGCCACGGCCGCACAGCGCGGACUUCUUGGAGUACGAGGCGAUCAGGAAGCCUCAGCAGCAGAUUCCGCCGCAGUGCGAGGAGUCGGUGAAUCAACAGAGGCGUCCACAGAGGCCUAAAUCGAGUUUAGACAUAGUCACUCCGUCGGACGCAGCCAACGAUGGAUACUUUUAUUCCGAGGAAAGAUACGCGGCACAGAUGCGGCAAUCCGCGGUUUAUCUCCACCAGACGCCCCAGCAUCACCAGCAACAAAGGAACCAAUCGCUUUCCCGGACGACAAUGCCCUCGAAAGCGACUGGGAUCCGCGACAGAAGCGACGAAAGUAGGAUAGCUACGCUACCGGAAGUUUCCUGCUCGGGCCUGAGGCGGGGACAACACGUUCAUCAGCAACACGUGAUACCUCACCAAUCGCUCCAACGGCAUACCGAAAUGAGCAGCAACGAGGCGAAGCUGAGGCGAUCGUUGCGGGAGAAGAGUUACGAGGCAAGCAGCCGAGAAAUGCUGAGUCACAUGGCGGAGGAAGGGACGGUGCCGCGAAGAAUUCCACGCGAGUACGAGUGUUCGAUGGGGUGGGGAAACAGGGGGACGAGUCAGGGUAGCGCUCACGUGGGCCAACCGUGUCACGCUCCUCACGCCGCCGCCAGACGAUGGAACGAGCAGCAACAGUUCUGCAGGUCGGCGUCCGCGCGCCUACCGAGGACCAGGCAGCCGGCCACCUUGGACCCCGACGACGACGAUUACGAACGAUCGUCCGAGCAGGACUCGCGGGAUGGUGAACGAAAGAUACAACAGCGCGAGGAGUCGAUGAAGCGGCUGCUGGAAUGGAAGCAGCGGAUGCUGCAAUCGCCGCUUACCCGGAAGCCAUCGGCCUCGGCAAACAGAGGCCGCGCACAGAACGAGCUGUCCACGUAUUACAAGCAGCAAGCGCUGCUCGAUCUCGCUGCCCACGAGGCGUCGGUCGCCGAGGGCCGCCACUCGAGGCGAAGGGAGGAGGGUGGCCAUCGGCCGCACGCGCGCAGUAAGAGCACGGACGGGAGGAGGACUGUCGCCAACGUUUCGCGGUACAACAGCUACUCCAGCGACGACGAAGAGCUGGGAGAUGUCCGGAGGAAGCGAACGCGCAGACCCUCGCAUGCAGGGAUAAGGAGCCCCCGCCACCACUCGGCAAUCGGAGACAACAACAACAACAACAACAACAAUCGUGCGCCGGCUAAUUCGAAUCAAGAUGGCGGGAUCCAUCGCGGGACUAGCAGCUGCGGCGGUUACCACCACUACCACCAUAACCAUCAUCACAACCACCACCACUACCAAACCGCGCAAAACGGUCGACGGACGGCGACCAACGACCGCCGCCCGAGCCCCCCUCCGCACCCAUCUCCCCACCCGGGCGGGAUACCGCCGGACGCGGGCUACGAGGAAGUAAGCUUCCCCUCCCCUCCGAGGAUCGAUGCCCCGCCACCUGCCACCGCAGCCCAUCUUCUUCCCACGGAGGAGAAGCAGCAAAAGUCGAACAAGGAUCGAUCGAGGACGGAACUCGACGGCGAAGAGGAGGAAGAGGAAGAGGAGGAGGAGGAGAAGGACGAAAAGAAACGCGGUGAGGAGAGGAAGAAACCCGUUUCGGGUAUAUUGAAGACGUGUACGGUUUACGGUAACAAGGAGCAAUUACAACAAGGAUUGUCGGGGAAGAGUGGUUCGUACGUUAGUUCGGAUACUUGGCCGGGGCAGAAGACGGUGCAGUGGGGCGGAGAGGGGAGGAGGGGGGAGGAGGACGAUUGGGAGGAGUCGAACGUGGACAUGGAGAGCAAGGUGGUGAGGGAAUUUUCUUAUCAGUAUAUAAAGCCUAGGGAGGGGGGAGAGGCGGACAGGAGCGAGGAGGCUAGCGCGAACAACUCGGUGCGAUAUAGGAUACGCUCGUUCGAGAACACGUUGCUGGUUGACGGCACGUCGUGCGUCAAGGAGGAGGAAUCGCUCGCCAUGCGGCAGCCGUUGAAGCUGUCCCCCCUCCAAGCGACCGAGGCCCACGUCUCGAAGCUGGAGUGCGGCAAGAGGAAGAAGAAAACGACCACCCCCUCCAUCAUACGAAACUUCGCUCUUGGCGGCGACUCGAGGCACGGGCGACGAUCGACGGUUAACGAUUCCGCGGCGGCCGAGGAGGGGGAGGACGGGUGCCACGCGAAGCAAGCGUCCACGGACAGCAACAAAUCCGUGAGGGAUUUGUUGGCCGAUUUCGAGAGAAAGUCCCGGCAGGCGCGGGAAUACGGCGGCAAAACAGCGGCCGAGGCAUUGAGGCAUCGCGGCGUGUUCAGCGACUCGGAGGCGUUGUUGUACGACACCGGCAGCGAUCUCGACAGGAACGAGGAGGAGGCGAAGGGGAAGAGCGAGAACAGCCACGAUCGCCGUUAUCAACCGGACAACGAAGAGGAUCAGGACGCUGCCUCGAGCAGGAAGAGAGGCGACGCGUCCUCUUUCAGACGCAAGAAGAGGUCCUGUUCCGGGGAGAGGGUGCCCGAAGUUCAAACGGAGGAGGAGGAGGAUGCGAUCCUCGAGGACGGCCUGUCCAAUCCGAGUCGAGGAGGAGGGAGGUUGAGCGUGACCGAGUCCCUGUUGACCCACGUGGAUCGGGACCGGUCGUCGGGCGACGAGAGCGGCACCGCGAGUCCCACGAUAAAGCAGGAGGAGUCGGUGAGCCCCCCCGAGGAGCACUACCUUCCCAUGUCACCGAGGAAAGCCAUAUUGGACCCGAACGACGAAAACAGGCCGAAUCCUAAGAUGAUGGAGAGCCUGUUCGCGAACCUGGAGCACGAGGAGAGCUCGUACGUGGAGAUGGCGCAGAACGGGAUAGGCCGCUCGCUCCUCGCCCCUCCGGGCGAGGAGGGCGGCAGGCACGACUCGGGCGACUACUCGACCCUGGACAACAACAACGCGCCUCACUACGAAUUCGUGUGCGUCUCGGACAGCAAGAUGGAGCCUGUUUACAUGGAGGUGAGCCAACUGUCGGAGAAGGGGGAGGAGGAGGGGGAGAGGGCCAAGAAGAGGAGCGGCGAUAAGGGGAGGUCGCGCGAGGGGUCGAGGACCGAUCUGCCAGAUAUCUUAACCGCGCUGAAGUCCGACAGUUCCGACGCGGACGACGAGUCGUCCAAGGACCUCGACUCGAUCGACGCGCCCCGCCACCCGAGAUUCAGCUUGUCCGACACUUUCAGGCCCGCCUCGUAUUACCUGGGCGCGAGCAGGGCCAUGAUAGCCGAGUUGCACGAUUCCUCGGACAGCGAGCUGGUCUCCCCGCCCCCGAUCCCGACCUCGCCCCCGCCCCUGGACGAGUUGGACUCGCAAGAGGACACGCAGGAGUCCUCCUCCCUCGAGAUGAAGAAAGUGUCGCCGCAGGUGCCCGUCGCGAGAACGGAGAACGGCAAGCAGCAAUCCAUGGAGGGGGGGGGACACAGGCCACCCUCGAGGUUCUCGGACGCGACGAUCAGCUCCGCGUUCAGGGACAGCCGGAUCUCCCUGGAGAGCGCCUCCGGCAGCGACUCGGUGGCGGACGUGGCGGCCUCGAGGACGACGGCCGAGGAGGAGGCGAGGCACAGGCAGCUGAAGACGAGGCCCGUGAGCGAGGUGUGCGAGGUGCUGGACAGCUUGGACGAGUUGGAAUCGCUCGGGAGCCGGUUCGACGGGGCGAGCAUCGACCUGGACCGGUAUCUGGAGGAGUUGCAGGCGCGGGACGCGUUCAACGUGGAGCUGUUCAACGCGAAAGCGCCGAGUUACAACGGCGUGUACGGGUUCAACGAGGGCAUGAUGACGGCGGAGAAGGCAGCGCGGAAGGCGACGAUGAUCCGCCACGAGCCGUCGUCGAGCGGCAGGCGAUCGAACGGCAGGGGGGCCGGCGCCCCUGCUUUCGACGACCUCGAAUCGAGGUACGGGAACAAGAUGGGGUCGGCGAGCAGUUUGCCCUCGAUGAGGGUGAGCGACGCGCCGCCCUCCCAUCAGCACUCGCAGUCCUUCACGGGGGACGCUCACUACGAGAAUAUCUCCAGCUUCUCCCCCCUCAGGAGCUCGAACGAGAGCAGCAACCACAGGCCUCGAAUCGGGUCCCAGAGUAACCUGUUGUCCCACAGCAGGGAGUCGAGCUACUCGCUGGCCGCCUCGAUCUCCACCUCCAUGGCUUGCCAGAGGCCGGCCAGCGCCCAAUCCUCGUCCAUCCACCACCACCACCACUCCCCCACCGGCUCGAAUUCCGCGGCUGGCAGCGCGACGACGACGGCCACGACGACGACGACGACAACCACGACGACGAGCCUGGCUGGUAACGCGACCAGGACCCCUCCCCCCUAUCCCGACCAACAACGCUUCCAAAACCAUCACCACCACUCGAGGUCGGCCAGCCAGGAUUCCGCCCGAUACUCGAUCGUGUCGAACCGCAGGUCCUCGUCGAGCCAGGAUUCCACCCGCUAUCCAAGCCCAAACACGGUCAAACCCGCCGCCUGCCCCCCAUCGUAUCUGCCGAGCGAGCCUCGCCCCCACAGCCAGCAAUCGAGCGCCGCCCCCUAUUACUACUCGGACCUUCAAGCGAGCGCGAACGCCGUGGACACGGCGGCCGAGGCGAGGGAGAAGCCGCCUAUCGGCCACACGUCCAGGUUGCCCCAGUUGAACAAUCAGAGGGACGACGCCUCGGCUAUGAACAAGAGGAACGACAUAGGGCGUAUAGUGAAUCCGAUCUCGAGGCAGGCGCCUCCCAGGCAGAUCCAGGUGGACGACAUCGACGAGGCGAGGCGGAUCGCCGCCGAGCUCAGGAAGACGACCUGCCAACUGUUGGGCGACAGCAAGGCGGACCUCGUGGACAAGAAGAACUUCUACGAGUCGGACACGCUGAGGAGGGUGAAGUCCACCGACCCUCUGCCCGACAUCUCCUCGCCCGAGAUCAACGCCAGGAACCUGUACCCGCACGGGUUGCGGGACAAGUCGAGCGGCCAGCAGGCGAGUCGGGGGGAGGAGGCCGCGUCGCAGGCCACGUCCCACAGAAGAUCGAGAUCGUUGGAGGGCCUGUUGGACGACGUCGGACUUCAGAAUCUGGUCGAGCAGCGGAACAGAAGCAACCGCGUGGCCGCCGUUCAACCGAGCCAGACGGAACGACACCCCCCCCCGAACGACGCCAACGACGCCAUCGACCGAGUCUCCUCCUCGACGAACAACUUCAACGAUCCCUGGGAACAGGACCUCCUGUGGAGGGAGAGCCUUCGAAGGGUGAGUUUGCGGAACGCCAGGUCGUUGGACAAUCUGGACAACCAGCCGCCGAGGCAGCAGCCGACCGCCGCGCCCAAUCCGGAGUCGAAGGGAGCGAGGAACAAGAUAACCCGUGGCGCCACCUACGUGAACGACAGCGUGGUUCUCUCGAGAGGGAGGGAGAGCUCGUGUCCCCUCGAGGACCGGCCUCGAGUGAAACGGAGAGGCAACAAGGGGCAGCGGGAGGGAGACAGGGACGAGGAGGAUGAGCAGGGGGAGGUGGUCGACGAUCUGGCCUACGAGAGCCUGUCGAUGGAGCGGAUUCACGCGGGGGGUUACGUGUGGGACGCGCAGAACGAGGCCUAUCGCAAGGCGGCCGUCGACGCGGCCGCCAUCUCUACGACCACGAACGCUACUACGAUCGUCGAGGAUCAUUUUUUAGAGGAAGGCAACCUUCCCUCGGUUCGCUCGAUCUCCGCGUCCGCGUCCGCGGCGUUCGAGCUCGAUCGGGAGAAGCUGCGACAGUGGGACCUGUUGUCGAGCGCCUGCUUACUCCAGGAACAGCAGCAGCAGCAGCAGCAGCGCAGCUCGAUGGCGGACUCGGGGCGAGGGUUGCCAAUCGUGGAACGGCCUGGAGACGUUCUCGCCGUCAACGCGUUCUCGUUGACCAAUCACGAUCGAGGUGUCGUUCUGAAGGCGCUCGAGUGCAAGGGUAUGCAGGCCACCACCUCGACGAGCGCGAUCACGAGCGACAGGCAACAGCUGAACGAGACCAAGGAGGCUUGUAACAGGGCUGCAGCGUCCGGAUCCGGAUCGGUGAUAGGAAGGGACCCACUUCCGCCGAGGGCUGUCAGCACUUCACAACUGGCUCAAAGAACGCAAACUCAACCCCCAGCGACGGUGUCCACCCUCCCGUUGCCGAGGAGCAAUGCCACGCACAGGCAGCCCCUGCCCCUCCACCAAUCCACCCCUCAAUCGGUCAGACAAUCGGAAAACGACAUGACCAGUUCGCAGCUAUUGCGAGUCGCCAGCAAUGGUGACAUUGGGACCGGAUCUGGGAUGUUGAACAGCAACAACGAUGGAAAGGACGUAAGGUUAACAUCUCCGGGUGGACACGCAACUCAACGAUUGAUGAGUCCGGCCGGGGCGUUAAGGGUCGUUUCCAUGAAUGACCACCGAGUCUCCAGCCCCAGCGACAGCGACAUACGAGUUCACAGUCCGAUUGAAAGGAAAAUGGUGAGCCCGAUCGGCAGAGAAGUGGAUCGUGGUGGAGGCACGGUUAUCAGGCAGAAUCAACGCGUAUGGGAGUACAACGAGUUGCUGCACAAAAGGAGCAACCAGCGAGCAGACGGUGGGUGCAAGUUGGCGCAUCAGCAAGGAGCCCACGGACUGGUUCGCGUUUCCGCCGGUGAACUCCUCGGCAGGACCCACGAGGAGCUGGUGCUCCUGCUGAUCCAGCUACGCCGGCAGAACGCCACCAUCUACAAAGCUAUGGAGACCUGCCAGAUGGAGAUCGAGGCACAGGCUAGAUUGGCAGAGCUCGAUACACCGCGACGAUUGGAGAACCUUCAGAAGCUCGACGAACUGAAGAAACACCUGAUGGAUCUCGAGAAGCAGUACGAGAAGGGCAAGCCGUUGGUGAAUCUGGUCGACAAUAUGGUGAAGUUGGGCUCCCUCUACAAUCGCAACACUGCCAAUGGGACCAACAGUGUAUCCGGUUCACGACACGAUCUGGCGCACGACAAUUCGAGGGAUCAUCGGUUGGAAUUCAAUCAGAAGGUGCAGGAGCAGCGUUUGCUCGCCGAGGAGCGAAGGGACUGGGACCGAUUGAGCCCCGACCACGGACAAUUACAGGCCAAGGUGCAGCAGCUCUACAAACUGGAUCGGUUGCUCCAGGAGGAAUCCGGAACACUUCACAGUCUUCAGCAAGACAAGGAGAUCCUGGAGAAAGCUCUAGGCGGUCUCCGGCACAAACUGCAAGGAAGCAGGAGCAAUUUGGCGGAGGCGGAGAGAUACAGGAAGCAACAGCUUCUGUUGGAAAAAGAGCUGAGCAGAGUGAGGGUGUUGUUGGCGCACAACUCGAAGGUAAAGCCGGUAUUCUUCCAGAAACUCGAAGAGACGGUGGCCGAGAACGCGAGAUUGGAACAAGACCUGGUUGUGCUUCGACAGAAGCUUCAAGCGUCGAGAAGAUACGCGGGGAACGUGACCAGGGACACUUCGGCAACCACUGGCCCUCUCGAAGCGGAAUUGAGACGGGUUCAACAAUUGGUCGGUGAUCUGCAGAGACAACGAAAGGAAUUGAGUAUUCAAGUUAGACAGCUCACGGAGAAGUCUCAUAACUUGGUGCAGCAGAUCCGACCGCAACCUACUUCUGCUCCUCAAGUGCACCAGCCGAAGAAGCGAACGCAAAACUCUUGGUUGGAGACCGACCUCGAUUCCGGAAUAACUUUGGAUCACGGUUUGGAUUCGCCAUCGAGCCCCGCGUUAUCCUCGUCGCCCCGUGGCAAGCAGAACGGCGGACCGUAUCCGCAUUUCAAUUCACCGACGCAGAUCAAAGACUCGUCACCCACGAGUCGUCAGCAAGCCAACCUGCAAUCGUACCCCCAAUCGCCGCAGAAUCAUAUUUCUUCGCUCUCCCCUCAGUUACGUGAACAGAUCCACCAGCAUCAGCUGAAGCAACAGCUUCUCAAGGAUCAGAUGCAAGGAAAAGGAGGUCUUAUACAAGCGAAUGUCGCUCCGUUGUAUAUAAACACGGAUUCUAGAAUUCAAGAGAACAGCAAGCAAGAUGGGAAUCUGACAAAUGGCGCAAUUCUUCCACCGGAGUACAUUCCACCUCCACCACCGCCUCCAUCCCUGAACGAAGAAGCGUUGUUGAACGAUAAUUACAGACAGAACGAGGACAACAAGUUUACCGGCUUGAUCCACAACCGUGAGAAACAAGAGAUUAAGACCGUGCGAAUAGUGAAGCGGGAAUCGGAAAGACGGCAAAGAGAUAGAGGAGACAGAACUGGAAACAUUGGAAUUCCAUUAACGAACGGGCUUCAAGCGCCCGGGGGUGCGAAGAGAUUGUGCGACGAUGAUUUAGGAGGUUCUCAGAAGUUCGAGAAGGCUCAAUUAGGAAAGGUGGUAGAAGAGUCGCCGAUGAUUCACGCUCAAAGCACAGUCCAGUUGACGGACUUGGACGACGUGCAGUUCCAAAGAAGCAUGUCUUUGCCGAGAGGUUUCGGCGGGCAACGGCUGCAGCAGCCGGAGAUACAUCAAGUUCCGGUUGUGCCUCCUCCUAGAAGCGAUAGCAUGCACGCCUUGAGAACCAUGCUGGCCAGACGUAAUAAGGUCAGAUUCGAAACGCAACAGGAAGGAAGCUCGGACAGUACUUUGUCGCCGUACACGGAGAGCCUCGCCUCGAGCACGCAUCUUCCUAUCAGCUCGCCAAAUUACUCGACCAGUCCAUCCUACAGUCCUAGUAGCCACCAGCAAAAUUACACGAUCAAAUCGAGCCAUCAUCACCAGCCUUCGUACUAUACACCGUACAGGCAGUACGGCGAGAAUCAAGCGAGUGUUCAAGAACCGAUAAGUCCGGAAUUGUUGACAUCGAGCAACCUCGAAGGUCAGGAGAAAGCUUACGGCUCGUCGUUGAAUGUAAACACAUCGAGCUCGCCUCAAUUGUCGCCCGUGUUCAAGAGCGAGGCGGCGAGACAGAUUAUCAAGGAGAUGACAGAGAAAAAAGUCGAGGGGCCGAGACGCAGGCAGAUCCCUCGCGAGAAAAGGCGACACUAUACCGUGUCCAGUAGCAAACCUGUCCUCGACCUAGAGGAUACGUUCUCAAAGAUGGGAAUGGGGAGAGCCAGAGACGACCUGGACAUGGAACGAGCGCUCAGGCCGAGAAUCAAUGCUCCGGAUGUCGUCAGAUCGACGUUGAGCCACAAAGAGUUGAAGUAUAACGAGAGCACUAUCGAUCAACUUUUGGGAACGCCGAAUAAGAUCGUGAUUCCCGAGAGAUACAUACCUGAACAGACACCGGAGUUAACCGCGGAAGAGCAGGAGCAACGAUUGAAGAAAGCGGAAGCAAUAAGAAAGAUGUUGUCUGAAACAACCGUGACCGCGCCAGACGGAAGUGACGACAAUAUUAAUAUCGAGCAAUCUGAUAGCUUGAAGAGAAAAGUAGUGGAAGAAAAACGACAAAGGGAGCAUAUUCUACAAUUGAAUCAAAUUUUAGCUAAGCAAGUUAUGGAAAAGAGCAAGAUGGUGGCGGUGAAAGCACUGGCUACCCUUCCUUUGAAGACCGAAUCGAGCUUAGAAGACGAGGAUCUCUCGCCUGUAACACCAUUACCACUAUAUCAGCAGAGGGAGAACUAUUACUCAUAAGAAAAAUGAUAGAGAAGCCAAAAUCUCUCGCAAAGCUGACAAAUCUUUUUAGCACAAAGUGAAAACGUUACUGCCAGCCCGGAACAACAGAGAAACAAACAUCUUUCUUCUUCAAACAUUUUUUGAAAUUUCAUAAAAAGGUGGUUUACCAUUGACACUUGCUAUUAUGAUUAUAUUAACGAUUUAAGAAAAAAAAAGAUGUUUUUUUUUAUUUGCAUCGAUAUUGUACAUAAUCAUCGAUUUAAUAAACUGAUAAUAAAUAGCUGUCCUCUGGAUUGUCGAUAAGAAUUAGUAAUGUAAUGGAUGUUGAGCAAAAUUAGAUGAAUGAUAUUUACAGAAGAAAAUAGUAAAUAUCCAAAUGAAAUUAUUUCAAAAAUAAAGAAAGUUUUAAUUUUUUUUUUAUGCGUUCUCUUUCCUAAUCAAAUUCAAUUCCCUUUUUGUAACAUAUAUAGUUCAAUCGACUAAUAAUAGCUUAUAUUUACUAUUUUCUACCUGAAAUGUUAUGAUCAUUUAAUCGUGACGUCGAGACAGGAUGGUUUCAAGUUUCGACUCGUAUGAAACUUUAAUCGUGUCAUUCAUUGGAUUACUGAAUCUAUGUUAAGAACACUUUUAACAAGAAAUUUCGAUGAAUAUUCUACUCUUGUACGGUCUUAUACAGUUUUUAAACGAUAAGCACAUAUAAAACUUCAUCAUGAUAAAAUUAAAGACUUAUUAUGAGGCCUAUAUUUCAUAAUGUAAAUGUUGCUCGAACGUAAAAUAUUCUAGCGAUAUGAUAUUCUGAGACCAUUUAUGCUUGAUGCCAUACUGCCUCGAUGUUUUCUCUUCUAUUUGAAGAGAAUGCUUCCACAAGUUUCUAUUACUAGCAAUAAUGAUAAUAAUAAUAAUAAUAAUAAUAAUAAUAACAACAACAAUAACAAUAAUAAUAACAACAAUAAUAAUCAUAAUAUUAAUAAUAAAUUAAGAAACAGCGAUCGCACAAUGCGGUUUAUUUAGAAAAAAUGACUGUAAUCGAAUUCCUCUAACUCGUAUGAAUGCUGUUAUUUAGGAAAGGAAUCAAGUAUAAUGAUAAAAUAAAUAUUCAGGAACAUGAUUAAUCACCGAGUUCGGCUAAUAUUAGAUAAUUUGAAUGCUAUUCCAAUUUCUUGCUACUAUAAUUUGUCAAAAAAAUAUUACUUAGAUUCUAACAUUAAUUCUUAUAUAAUUUCAAUUUCUAUUUAAUCAACUUUAUUCUUUUUUAUAAUUCUUUCAUUAAUAAAAGAUUCGUUUGUAAACUACAUAUUAGCCGAAUUCAAUUUUUGUUUAUUACACGAAACCAUGCUUUGCAAACUCGUCUUUCAGUUUUGAAUUUACAUUUACAUUUAUAUUUACUAACGUUAAUAGCAAAUAAUUUAUUGUAUGUAUGUAUAUAUAUAUAUAUAUAUGUAUAUAUUGUAACGAGUUUGGGAAUCAUCGGUUCAAAUUGUUUAUGUAAGAGGAAUAAAUAUGUAUAUUAGAAAUAAGUUAGAAUAUAAGGUUGCGUUUACGCUAGGUGCUAUGAGCAACGCAACAUAGUCAAAUAAUGAAUAAACAUAACCUCUAAAUAACGAUCAUUGAACUGACUGAAACGAGUCAUUUUUAGAUAUAAAACACCGAUCGAGAGUAUACGAAAUUUGGAAAUAAGUUCUUCGAACAUCUGUGUAUACUCAGUGCUUUGUUUUCAAUAUAUAAAGUGUAUUGAUUGAAUCAUCAAUGAAAUGUUCAAAAUUACAUGUCAACUAUCUUAUCAUAUAAGAAUUUAUAUUGCUGUGGAUAAAUCGAAUAACACUUGUUCCAAUCAAGAAUAAUCUAACAAGUGAAAAACCAAUUAUACAAAAUAUUUCUUAAUAUUAAAAGGAUUAGAGUAUUCACUCAACUUUUUUUUAUAUAAAAUCUCUUAUUCAACAGAAUAACGAUAAAAUGUUUAUUGAUAAAAAUAUGUGUUAUCAUUGAAAGUCUGUUAAUUAUUAUUACUAUAAAGGAUAAUUAUACAUCAUAUGAUAUCGUUGACAAAAAGCGAACGUAAAAUUUAAUGUGGUAUUGUCCAUAUAUUCUACACGUUUGAUCGGUGUUUCCAUCCAUAAAUUGCUCCAAUUUCAACACGGUCAAAUGCAUAUGAAAUUUAUAUGAUUCACUUGAAUCAUUCGAGUACUCUAUUCGACACUUUUAUUACAAACUUUCUCGUACAGAUAAAUGCAUUUGACUCGAUGUUGAAUCACUCGUAAUUUAAGAAACACGUAACACAUAUGUACGCUUUAGAAACGUCCUAUAAACAGCGCGUUCUACGUCGAUUUUCGCUACUUUCAACUUUUCGAAGUAGCGUGUAUUUAUGUUUUUCUAAGGUCGGUUCUCGUAUUAUUUAACGAAGGGAAAAGAAUAAGCUUUGAAAGUGCGACUAGAUAAGUUAUGUAUAGGAACUUAGAUGCGUGCAACAAUCGUUCGAUGUCGAAUCCAUUUAAUGGAAAUCGAUAGUCGACGUGUUCUUCGAUAUAAUCGAAACUUAAUUCUUUGAAGCAAUAAUUGAAUUAAUUAUUAUUUUUUUUAUUAUCAUAAGAUUAAACGCUCAGUUCGAAAUUCUUCAAAUUUUUUCCUGCAAAUUGAAUUUAUCAAUUUUUAUUUCUAUCCAUGUCACGAUAAAACAAAUUAGAAAGAAAUAACCCAGAUAACGACGCUUCAAAGAAUUAAGAUACAGCAUUUAGACGCGAAGCGUCGCAAAGGUGGACGAAUGUUUAUAAGCUAUCUUGCACUGUUGUAGCCUGUUAAAAAAAUCGUUCUGUUAAAAUAGAACGUUCGAGUUAAAUUGAAGAGUGCCAAAUUACGCAAAAGCAGAUCGAUCGCGAAACACGGCGACUGCUCGUCAAUUAAAAGAAAGAAAGAAAGAGAGAAAACAGAAGGAUGAAACCAGCUAAGACUAACGCUCAGCACAAAAAAAAGUAAGGUUAAACGUAAGGAUCUUCCCUCGACGACUGUCAAACCCCGAGAAAAAGGUAUCUCGUUAAUCAUGCUAAUUAAGAGAUGCAAUUUCUAUUAUAUGAGAAAUUCUGUAUGGUCCACAGGCAUCAAUGUUAGGAAUAAUUUUUUACGAUACGAUGAUCCGUGUAUACGAUGUAGGAUGACGCACGGUGAAAUCCAACGAUCGAAAAAACGCGAUCGUAUCACGAUCACUCCUCUCGAGAUCGAGAAGAAGAGAGUUUAAACUCGCGAGGAAUGGCCGUUUAGCGCAAUCGUUACCAUCGUGCCCUUUUUAAGAAUUUUCUCUUAUUGAUGGACAUACUACCAUCGCGAGUCAUUAAAGUAAACAUCGAGGGUUCGAGAGAAAGAAAAGAAACGACGAUGCGUAUGUUCAUCGUGAAAAACUGUUCGCUCGACACCCCCAUUGGCCCUAUGGUACCUGAGAAACCAGCGUAGGAUUGCUUUCUGCGGUUGCCACUGCGCCAUUAGGGUAGUUUGAGCGAAAUAACUAUUGUAAAAGGAAACUACUGUGGAAACAGGAACUGUUAUUGUUACACGAAUAAAAUAAAAUCCAUAUUACAUGA